CGGGAAACGCUAUUGGCAGAACAAGAAACGGGGUUGGAAAAUAAAAGCCGAAGCAACAGUCGGUCUGUCGCGGCGGCGAGUGACGGUGUUGAAGACUAACAAUAAUAAUAAUGAACCUUGAUACUUGGUAAGGAGUCGCGGAAGAGGAGCUAAAAUGGUUCAAAUAUUUUAUUACGAAAAUCGAGGAAAAUGUUGUCGAAAAGUUUUCAACUACGAAGGUUACCCAACGAAGGUGAUGCUGUUUCCUUACGAGGGAUGGGCACAUCCGGUUCCUGUGACGUAUUGGACAUUAAAAACCUAUUGGUGGAACCGAUCACGGUGUAAAAUCGUAGAGGUUUCCGGAACAAAACGAAGAACGACAAAGGCAAAAAUGUCUGACAAAGGAAGUGGCGCAAUGGUUAUAUCGGGAAAAUUUAAAAACACCCCUAGUCCUGACUUUCGAAUGACUUUGACGACAAACAUUUCUAACGAAGAUUUUCAGCUGGGUUACUGUGUGACCGGGACUUUAGAGCGAGGGGACAAAAAGAAGGGCGAUCUUCAACUCGCACAAUUUGCCAUGGUGAAACGCCGUGGAUACUAACCCAAAGAUGAACUUCUAUCUCAUUUAUUUUAAUCAAAAGAUCCUGGCUCUAAUUCUGACCACGAAAAUCAAUAUCGACAAUAGAUAUAAGUGCUGUAUUAGAAGCAUGUAGCACGCCGAGACACAUAAAAACUGCUUAAGAAGAAGCACAAAGACAUCCUCUGCCUCAAGCUAAGAAAAAGGAGUUGGGGGCUUCACAUUCCAUUUCUCAUUUCUAUAAGAAAAUAUUCUGUUUUAUUUCGCCUAUAAAAGGGACACUCAAGACAGACGUCUCCCUCCGACAGCCAUUUUUAUCUUUGUACCAGAUAAACUUAUUAGAGAGCCGCUGUUGAAAAGUGUGAACUUUUGAGCGUGAUAUUGCAUAUCAGAGAACUCAUUUAUGUCGCAUGAAAUGCACAUCUUGAUAAGUAUUCCAUUUGAUGUUUGUGAUUAAUUACUCUGUUUGUGUUCCUGUUACCACAUAACGUUUGACGUUGCCAUUAUACCUGUGUCGGUAGUUAAAAGUGGUGCUUGUUAAUUAUUCAUCGAUAUGUAUAAGUUUGACGAAAUGUAAAAUAUUCCAUGAUUUUCAAUAAACUACAUAGUUCCUUUACAGACAAUGAAAUAUGCACGAGCCAUCAGACAUUCCAAGAAAAAGGUGUGCAGAUUACCUGUUUGAUAAGAUACGACUGUGAUGUUAUCAGGUGUCUCCAUCAAUUGUAAAUUACUGUCGAUUUCUCAUCAAGUCUCAGACUCUGUAACGUCACUUUAGAAUUCACAGCUUUACUGCUUCUGUGAUUGAUGUUUCUGCUUUAUUAAAAUAUUCCCAUUUCAUAUAAAAAACAAACAAACUGAAAUGUUACCGUUUAAUGUUUGUGUACAGAAAAUGUUUAAUAACUAACUUUUCUGGUUGUGAAAUAUUCAGAAAAUUGUUACACCUUGUGAAUACCAGGAGACAAAGUAAACUUUAUUGAACACAAUUUCAAACUGCUUAAAUUGGAAGUUGGCAUCACAUGAUAAAAAAAAUGGACAAAAAAAAAUGAAAAGCGCUUUUAAAAUCAAUUUUCCAAAGAAAUAACAAAAAAAAAAAUGUUUCUUUAAACAAAAUUGAAGUUUGAAACUCGCAUGCACAAUUAUUGUUUUCUUGAAAUACGAUUUUUUGUGCUUUUUGGCUUCCAUUUCUUACGAGCUAACAUCACCAUCGCUUUUCAUUCGUAUCUGUCUGAGACUUGCAUUUUAAUUUUUAUAUCAACCUACAAGAUACAUAAUUAUUAUAAUAGCUUAGUAUAAUUUAAAUUAUGAAAUUUUAUUGUACCAUUCAUUCUGCACACACUCCAAAAUCGACUGAAGAAUAGCAAAAAUUGUAAUAUAUUAGCAAGAAUGUCAAACUCACAGACCAAGUCACAUUAUUUUUGCAUAAGGAAAAACUGAUACUUCAGAAUGUAAACAAAUACAUGUAGAUUCAUUGUAAACUUUAUGAGGAAAAAAUAUAUAUAUUGGUUUCUUUUUAUGUGUUUUACAAUUCUUACAGGUACAUGUAUAAAUUUCUUGCUUUAUUCUAGUCAUUUAACGAUUGAUUAUAUAUCUGAUCGUCUGGAAAUUAAUCACGUCAUUUCCUGUGUUGAUAUUUCUUUUUCCGGCCCCCAUUGUCUUCCCAUGCAUCGUGUCAUAUGGUGUCUUAUCCACUUGCAUGUUCGCUAGAAUUAUUGAACUUUACUGUCGGGCAUUGUGACUGUUUCCAGACAUGUACUAUUUAUAAUUGAAUAAAUAUUAUGUUAUCAAUACUGUU